CUCGCGCGUGGUCGCGGUGAACGCGAGCCGAGCGUUCCGCUCAUGGACACUGUUGUUUUUCAUUUACGAUAAACUCGUACUAAAUUUGAAUUUCCACAGAAACAGUGCGUUAGUUGAAUUUUGUACUUACAGUCUGUACGUAUGACUAAAUAGUAGUGUUUAUUUGUAUGUUCUAUUUAUCGAUUUUUUGGCAACUCCUUAAAGAAUUAACUAGCUUCAUCAUUUUUGGAUACCGAUUCAUCGGAUGUAUAAAGUCUCAGUGUGAUUUUUAAUAAGUUAUUAGUGCUUUCAGUGUCAGCUGUGUAAGCUUAUUCGCUAUCCCUCUCGGUUGAGUCGAAAGGGAAAGGAAGGCCGAGUGUUAAGCAAGCGUUGUUUUGUUUUUUUUUUCACGAUUUUCUUUGCUGUAUGUAAAGUAGAGCGGAUUAAGAAAAUAAAUCGCUUCGAUAUCUUGUGCCCACAAGAAUAUUAUAAGUACAAAACAAACACAGCGCAUCGCCCACGUAGCGAGAUAACAGAGCAUCCCGUCCACAGAGAAAUUAAUAAUCUGGAACACGGUAACAGGAAGCAUGUCGAUAAAGUGCUCCAUGCUAUAACAGUGCUGAUGAGAGAACUGCUCGAAACUGCCGGCACUCUAAUAUGGUUAGCUGACACCCGCGAACUACCCGCUGUUGUUGCCACCAUGUUGUCUGACUCCCCGACACACUACAAACGCGACACGUCCGCACAUCACUCUCACAGAAGUUCAAAACUCACUAUCUCUGCGAUACCCUCAUCCAACAUGGAUCACAUCACUGAAGGCGCUGCACCGAGCGCAACGAACAAUAGCUCACAAACGUCUUGUGUAGGAACUAACGUGGAUAGAGUGGCACACGACAAUCAUUCCAAUGAUAAUUUAGACAAAGUUCACAAAAUGACUGACUUAGAUAGAUGUAGGAUACUAAAUAAAAAGAAAUUAGAAUGCCAACAUGAGUCUGAAAGACGAUGCCCUGCCACAGAUAGAGUCCAUGAACGAUGCGUAUUGCAUAACAAAGAAGACGUAUACGGAAAAGAAUCGAUUAUCAGAAAGAGGGUUGAGGUUGACGAAUGCGGUGGUUCAAGGCGGGCCGCUAAUUUGAAAUUUAAAUGUAGUCGCAAUGCACGGGAGUGGAUGGGAGCGAUCGGGAGGACAAUGGGCGUUCGCGUUCACGUGCGUGCCAUAGUCGUCGUGGGGUUGUUCCUGGCCAUAUUAGCGACGAGUGCAGCGGCGCCGAGGUCCCGGCCCACGCGCAGCGCGCACGAGAAAUCUGCGAGGAAUUACCUGGAGACGUUUGGGUAUCUGAAGAAGGGUCGGCCGGAGGUCGGUAACCUGCAACUCAUGAACCACGAACAAGAGUACGAAGACGAGUUCAGGAUCGCCAUCAAGACGUUACAAGAAUUCGGCGCUAUACCAGUGACGGGUGAGAUCGACAAGGCGACGUUGGCACUGAUGAAACAGAAGCGAUGCGGUCGACCUGACAGAGAAGAGGACGACGACGAGCACAGGAGAAAAAAACGGUUUGCAGUCCAGGGAGAGAAGUGGAAGUACACCAACUUGACUUGGAGCUUGUCUUCGACUCGGCGGCCAUCACAGCUGGACCCGUACGAAACUCGCAGUGUACUCGCACGGGCACUCAACGUAUGGGCACAGGCGUCACGCCUUACCUUCACAGAAAUCAACUCGGACGAGGCUGAUAUCGUCGUUUCCUUUGCUAAGCGUUACCAUGACGACGCGUAUCCAUUUGACGGGCGCGGCGCGAUCCUUGCGCACGCGUUCUUUCCUGGCACUGGCCGCGGUGGAGAUGCACACUUUGACGAUGACGAGCUGUGGCUGCUGCAACCAAGAGAUGACGAUGAAGAAGGAACUUCACUUUUUGCGGUGGCUGCCCACGAGUUCGGCCAUUCAUUGGGUCUGAGCCACAGCUCUGUAAAGGGCGCGCUUAUGUUUCCGUGGUAUCAAGGAAUUCAACAAAACUUUGUUUUACCAGAAGAUGAUCGCAAUGGUAUUCAACAAAUGUAUGGUCCUAAGACAGACACAACACAAUGGGGAAAAGUACCACAAUUUAGGCCGACUACUACUACCACGACAACAACCACCACCACUACCACGACUACCACCACUCGACGACCAUACAUUCCUUAUCAUGAUCGCCAUCACAACAGACAUCCCGAACAAUACCCUAACAGAGGGUACACCCCACGCAUUCCCAAUAGAUACCCUGAACGACAUUAUCCUGAUCACCGCCGCCAUUACAAUACGAGCGACGAACACCCGCGACGCACGAAUCACCACCACACCUACCGUCCCACUGAACGUACCACCCAUCCCACUACCUAUCGCCCGCGGUAUCCCUAUGUGCAGCCUGAGUACCCGAGUAAUCCUAGACCUCAUUACCCGAACGAUCCUAGGCAAGAUAAUCCAAGGAAGCCGUACUAUCCAGAGAAGACGACUCAGCGAACGACGACCACGACUCCUUCAGACAAACCUGACACGUGUGACACUAGUUACGACGCAGUCGCGCUCAUACGUGGCGAGCUCUUCAUAUUUAAAAAUCGAUACCACUGGAGGAUAGGAGCUCAUGGACGCUAUCCUGGAUAUCCAAUGGAAAUAACUAGAAUGUGGGCUAGUCUACCAAAGGAUCUUACACAUGUAGAUGCAGUUUAUGAAAGGCCGGAUCGCAAAAUAGCUAUUUUUAUAGGUAAACAAUUGUACUUGUUCGACUUACUAAAUUUGUUGCCGGGAUACCCGAAACCGUUGUCAGCGUUUGGUCUACCGGCAAGUUUGGAGAAACUAGACGCUGCCAUGGUUUGGGGUCACAACGGCAAUACUUAUUUCUACAGUGGCUCUAUGUACUGGAAAUAUGACGAAGAAAAAGGUCGUGUUGACUACGAUUAUCCUCGCAACAUGGCGAUGUGGAAAGGCGUAGGCUACAACAUCGACAGUGUAUUUCAAUGGAAAGAUGGUAAAACGUAUUUCUUCAAAGGUAAAGGUUUUUGGAAGUUUAACGACCUGCACAUGCGCGUUGAAAAUGACAAACAAUACCCAUCAGCGACCUUCUGGAUGGGAUGCGCCACAGAACGCUCGGGUCGGCGGGCAGGCUACAAGACCCCACCUGCGCCCGGCUCAACCCUACGCUCACCCAGUGCUGCAACUAAUUUAUCCAUCAAUUUACUAACGUUCUUAUACUCUACACUUUUAAUUGUGACUACUUAUUUUAGGUACUGUUAGAAUAAUAUUUUAUCCUUUACAUAAUUUAUUUCUACGACUGCAGCGAUAUUAAAAUCUUCAAUUUUAAAUUAUUAACUUGGAAUAAUAUAUACUUAGAAGUAUAUGCCAAGUUUAUGACAUUGGUACUUUAAUCUAGUUACCUAUGUAGUAAAUAUGUAAUGUACUGAUAAGCGAUAAGAUUUGGGAACAUUGUAAAAUAUCUAGUUAAAGAUAGCUAAAAGCUUGACUUUACUUAAUACCAACUUAUAGCCUAUGUAUAUUUUUGCAACACAAAAGAUCAAGGAAUUCACCAGUUUAAAAGCUGCUUUACAUUCAACUCCAGUGUUUAAAAUAUGGAUUCACACUUAUAACAUCAAACAAGUACAUAAGUAAGUACAGCAGAUAACGUCUGAAUCAACAAGUACAUAUCGGAUACGUCUGAAUUAAGACUAGACUUAGUAACUAUUGCGCAAAAUUGCACUGCCUGUUUAGUAUUAAACAAAUAUCUGCAUAAUUAUAAUAUAAGUACUUGUAUAAUGUUAUUAUUAAAUAAAGUUUAAAGUAAAUUAGAUAGUAAGUAAUUGUAUGAAUUAUUAUUUUAUUAUAUGUACAUUUUGAUCUCAAAACGAUCGAGUGCUUGGUUAGUUAACGUCAUGUAAGGUAUAAAACACCAUCCAUUUAGCUUCUGUACAGUUUGUAUUGUACUUCGAUGUUUAAUUGUUAGUGUGGAUAUCUGAAAUAAUUAUGUUGUAACUAUCCUACAGUACCUAUUUAAGUGACUAAUGCUCCUUGCGAUAGACAACACACAACUGCCUUAGUUAUUGAUAUUAUAAUAAAGCAUUUGUAGAAUAAUGUUGUAAAAAUUGUACUCGUUGACUUUAUCCCUUAUAUUAUUAUAUACCUACGUCAUAUAAUACAUAGUUGAGUAAAUUAUUUAUAUCUCUUAUGCUGGUUAAAAGAGGUACACUUAUAUAGUAAUUUGUAAAUGAAAUAAACUAAGUUACAUAAUAUAUAAGUAAAGAUAUGUGCUAUAAAAUCAAUGCUAACUAUACCUAUACAUAUAAUGGUAUGGAUAUAUACACGUAUUUUAACAAAUGGCCUUAUGUGUACUGUGAAAAGCUAAGGAUGAUGUAUUAUGAAUUCGUGUAAUCAGAUUGUGUUGCCAACAUGGAAAUGGAAAAGUAAAACUUGGUAGAAUGAAUAUGGUGCUUAUUAUAGUUAGUCAUUGUACAGAAUAAAUUCUCUUUGGAUAUUUUUGUAUGUUGCUGUUGUCUUCAAUCAAUGUUUACCAUAAAAAGUCAAUGAUAUACCUCUCCUAUCCUCGUAAUCCUUUAAGAACAGAAUUAUAUUAACAUACAAUAUUCUAUCUACAGUAAUCAAUCACACGGUUAUUCUUGAGACUUAGAAUAAACAUAGAAAGAAAAAUAUUUUGGAUACAGCCAAUAAGGUGACUUGUAUAUAAAAAAACAAUGUUAUACC